UUAAUUCAAGCAAUUUCGCCAGAUUACGAUCCCGAUUUUGUAAUUAAUACAGACCAAACAGGAUGUGAGUAUAGAGUUAAUGUUUCGCGAACUUACACGCACACUGGAGAAAAAUUAGUUCAAUUGUACAUAGGCGAUUUAAAUAAAGUUUCGCAUUCAUACACCGCCCAGUAUUCACUGACGAAAUCCGGGAAGUUAUUAAAUAAAGUAUUUGUUUGUUUGCAAGAAUUUUCUGAUAAUUUUGGAGUACGCGUACAAAAAGAUGUAGAUAAAUUAUUAGAAUUAUGUAAAAAUGUCGUUAUUACAUGUUCUAAAUCGGGCAAAUUAACAACAUCAUUAUACGCACAGUAUUUGGAAAAUGUUGUUAAGCCGUAUGUCGGGGAUAAUUUGUUUUUAUUUAUUGUUGAUUCCUGGGGAGGACAAAAAAACAUCCAAAUGUAUAACGAAAUAUUUCGCGACAAAAAUAAUAAACCAACAUGUAAUUUACAAAUUAUACCGCCAAAAUGUACUCCGAUAUGUCAGCCGUGCGACGUUUAUUUUUAUCGACAAGUGAAAGUUAUAAUUAAGAAAAUACAAAACUGUUCAGAUGUAAUUUCACAAUCAGGUAACGAAAGCAAACAAUUAAAUACUCGUGCUGAUGCGAUUCGUAUACAAUCUUUAACUCAUUAUCUGUUAUCAGCGCCGAAAUUUAAAUGUAUGCUUCAAUAUGCAUGUCGUUUCGACAAUGUCUUUUCAACAUCGAAUUUACAUUUCAUAAUGUUGAUGCAACAUUGCAAUGUCGCAACGCAACGUUUCUGA